UUUGGAUGUAAAGAAUUGGCCUUGGAAUCAAAGAAUCUGGAAUUAGAAGGCAAUUUCCGUCGUUUGGAAUGGCCUGGGAAUUACAGUCUGGAAACGCACUGAAAUUCCGAGGUACCGAUUCGCUCUGUGCAAACCGCGCGCGAUACUUUCCGAGGGUCCGACCUCUGAAUCGCUCGGAAACGUUCUGGCGAGCCACUCUCCCCCGCGCGCGAUACCUCUUCGUCCCUGGCGAGAGGAGAGCGACUCCAGGCCCGUCCGCCCGACGCAGAGGACGCGAGGACGGUCGCCGGCCGCCGCGCCCAGAUUUCUAGGACAAGUAGUAGCAGCUGAGGUCAAUUGGAGAAGCAUGGCUGCACAAAAAACAAAGAAAGUCCCUACUAGAGCUUACCUUUCUUGGACUACUGAGAUGGACACGGCAUUGUUGGACACCCUUGUUGAGCAUCACAACAAUGGUGAUCAUGCUCAAAAUGGUUGGAAGCCACAUGUGUACAAUGCUUGUAUUAAGCAUGUGAAGGAGACAUGUAAUGUUGACAUUACGAAAGACAAAAUAGUAGGAAGAAUUAAAACAUUUGACAAGCACUAUGAGAUCAUUAGCAAGAUGCUAGCUCAAAGUGGUUUUGGAUGGGAUUCGGAAAAUAACAUGGUGGAAGUAGACAGUGAAGAAGUGUGGUCUCGUUAUGUUGAGGCCAACAAGGAUGCAUCUAGCUACAGGAACAAGGUGGUGAUGAAUUGGCAAGCUAUUCAAACUAUUUACUCACCAGACCAUGCUACUGGUGUUGGUGCUAGGACAGCCGCCGAGUCUGUUCAAGAAGAAGAAACAAUAGUUCUUGAAGAUUCUCCGGAUCUACCUCCGAAAAGGCAACGCACCGGCGAAGCUAUCUUGUGCAUGAUGGGACAAAUGAAGACAUCUUUCGACGAUGCAUUGAAAACAACCGAACCACUUCCUAUGCCAAAGGUGACUCCUCCAACUGAAAUCCUAGAUGCACUAAAGAAGCUACAAAUGGAGAAUUGUGACAUGCUGCGAGCUUAUGGGAAGUUGAUCGUUAAUGAGCGCUUAUUCGAAGCACUGACGGCGCUCCCCGAUGAAUUAAAGAAGCCAUGGCUGUUGACCCUACCUUGAUGUUUGUUAUGAACUGUGCUUGUUCUUAAAGCCUACUAUCUACUUUCUUGUUGAUGAACUGUUUGUGAUGUGUAAGAGACAUAAGCUACCUGUUAGAAACACAAUUAUUAUCCAUGUUGUAAUAUUUUCGGUACUUGAAAA